UCAAAUCAUUUGCGCCUGGAAGCGAAGGCAGCGAGGCACGCAAAAUACACGUCUGUAUAAGCUACUUUUACAUCAGAGACAAAUUCUCGCGAUACGUCCGCAAAGAAAGUUAAACGCUCGAUCUCCAUUGUGAGUUAGUUUUUUAGACUGAUCCCACAAGGAUCAUCGCAAUCCGGCAUAGUUUUCGGUGUUUUCGCUUUUAAAGGCGAUUAUCUCGCCGCUGAUUUAGCUGCCAAGUGCCAACGAGAAAAGCCCAAUAGCUCAACCCGUGACAAUGGCUGUCAAUGUGUACGCAACCAAUGUGACAACUGAAAAUUUGAGUCGGCAUGAUAUGCUUGCUUGGGUUAAUGAUUGCCUUCAAUCAGCUUUUACCAAGAUUGAAGAGCUGUGCACUGGUGCCGCAUACUGCCAGUUCAUGGACAUGUUAUUCCCAAAUUCAGUACCUUUGAAAAGAGUCAAGUUCAAGACUAAUCUUGAACAUGAAUACAUUCAAAAUUUUAAAUUACUUCAAGCUGGUUUCAAAAAAACGAAUGUUGACAAGAUUGUACCUAUCGAUAAAUUGGUGAAAGGCAGGUUCCAAGACAACUUUGAGUUUUUACAAUGGUUCAAGAAAUUUUUUGAUGCAAACUAUUCAGGAACAGAUGUUUAUGAUGCUCUUGCUAUGAGAGGGGGUGAACCAUUAGGCAGUGGUGGCAAUAAUGUACCACGAGGUGGUGGAAUGGUAAAACGAACUGCCCCAGUGCCAUCAAAACCAGCUGCUAGGAUGGUUAACAAAGCUCCAGCAUCUAGAGUUGGAAUACCAAAAACUGGAGGAAUGGGAGUUCGAGGAGACACAGGAAAAAUUGAAGAACUUAACAGUCAGAUAAUGGACCUUAAAGUAACUGUUGAUGGGUUGGAGAAAGAAAGAGAUUUCUACUUUGGAAAGCUGAGAGACAUUGAAGUUAUGUGCCAAGAAUCUGAUAAUAGUGAAACUCCUCCAAUUAUUCAUAAAAUUUUAGAAGUUUUGUAUGCUACUGAGGAUGGUUUUGCACCUCCAGAUGAAGUUGAAGGAGAUGAGCAAGAUGAUGAUAAGUACUAAUAACCAAUCUGAGUUAAAAUGUGAAAUCGAAAUAUGAAGUAAAAGCUGUCUAAUGUCACAUUUGACAAAAAGCAUUACUAAACUUCUUUAUACAACUUGUUGAAUGGUUGCACAUUUCUUUGUUUCGUUAUAUUUUCAUAUGAUUCGGUAAAUUAUGUUUGCGAUGUAUUUAUUAUCAAUCUUUUGAAAGUUGUAUUUCAAUUUUGUUACACAACAAACAGAUCCAAUGAACAAAAAUUGUUAGGCGCAUUAUUGAAUUUUGUGUCGCUGCCUUGAAGUGAAAUUGUACUCAUCUGUGAAUGUGGUUGUGAGUCUGUUUUCUUUUACUUUGAUUUACAUUCAAGUAAGAAUAGUCCUUUUUUUAACAGUUUGUGUUUAAACUAUUCAUAUUGUAUUGUAUAAAAUAAAUAUUAUUAAUACGGUUGCAUCUAUUUUUUA